CCGGUGUGUAUUCACCAACGCAUGCGCACUUUAUUGGUCAUCCUGAUUCAGAAAACUGGACGGCAGCGAAAGUUUUGGCUCAAGAAAUGGUCGAAUUUUGAGGUGAGCCAUGGGUUACGACGUGAACAGAUUUGAAGGGAACGUAGACGAGGAGUUGUUGUGUCCGAUCUGCGGAGGUGUGUUGGAGGAACCGGUGCAGGCACCGCAAUGUGAACAUGCCUUCUGCGUCGCAUGCAUACAGGAGUGGCUGUCUAGACAGCACACAUGUCCGGUAGACCGUCAGACGAUCACGCCGUCGCAGCUCAAGCCUGUCCCCCGCAUCCUCCGUAACCUGCUCUCCAGACUCUACAUCAAGUGUGACAAUGCCAACUUUGGCUGCACACAGGUUGUAAAACUAGACCAGCUUGCAUCCCACCUGGAUGAGUGUGAGCACAACCCAAAGAGACCUGUGUCCUGUGAGCAGGGCUGUGGCCUUGUUAUUCCAAAAGAUGAGUUGAAGGACCACAACUGUGUGAAGGAGCUGCGAGCGGUGGUGUCCCAGCAGCAGGUCAAACUCAGUGAAUUCCAGAGCGAGCUUACCGAGCAGAAGAGGAUGAUCCAGGACCAGAAGCGUGAGAUCCAGAUGCUGAAGGAGUACAUGCGGGCCAUCCGCGCCUCCAACCAGCCCCUCACCAGAGCCAUCGAGGACCAGAUGGAGUCUGACGAGGUGGGUGCAGUACCGCCUCUUGUUGGUAGGAGGUGCUUGAGCCAGGAGGUGUUGCGGUGGGUGCGAUCGCUGCAGACGGCACGCGUGACGCGGUGGGGAGGGAUGAUAUCCACACCUGACGCUGUGCUACAAGCUGUAAUAAAAAGAUCCCUCCUGGAUAGUGGGUGUCCUGCCGGAAUCGUUGACGUCCUCAUGGAGAAUGCUCACGAACGCAACUGGCCGCGUGGGCUGAGCACGCUGGAGACUCGGCAGAUGAACCGCCGAUGUUACGAGAACUACGUGACCAAACGGAUCCCAGGGAAGCAGGCGGUGGUGGUCAUGGCCUGCGAGAACCAGCACAUGGGACCAGACAUGGUCCUGGAGCCUGGACUGGUCAUGAUAUUUGCUCAUGGAAUAGACGUUACUGAUUACUAAACUGGUGCGGCAUGGAAAGAUGGGAAAAAGUUCAUGACACCUUGAUUUGGAUGGUAUAUGGAGUAUUUAGUUAUUUUCAUAUGGAACACAGUGACGGGGGGGGCAUAUAUAUAAGUUAGUGUGGAGCAAAAGUAGGUGGUAUUGUGUGUGUGCCAAAAUUAUGAUAUAUAUUGCUAUUUACCUCUAUUUAAGCAAACAAUAACGGUUGGAUAAAGAUAUUAUAUUUACUAUUGUUUUGUUAUGCAACUGUUUUGGGCAGGUACAUCCAAAUUAUAAGGUGUCUACUAUACAUUGUUUGGACAUGGGGAAGUUAGUAGGAGACGGGCUCUGGUCAUGCAUUUCUGAAAAUCUGAAUAACAAAGAUUUACCUGAAGGAUACCAUAUUAGAUGCAAGCCUAAAAAUUCCCCCUUGUAUCGCUUGCAUGCAUAUGUCACAAGUUUAUACAUGUAUUUCAGUACACAUUUGCAUUGCAAAAUGCUCUUCAUAUCAACAUUUUCCACCGUCAGACAACAUACACAGACAAAAUCUUCUCUCACACCCUCAUAAAUGCAGGAAAGAAACUUGGAUAUUGGUGAUAUGAUAACUGAACUGUAAAUACAACAUGUAUUCUGUAUCACCCAAGGUACCAGAUAACCACAGGUCAGAUCACGGCCGAUAAAAAAAAAGCAUUUCAAUGCGAAAUGUCAUUUUUGGGGCAACUUAUUGCAAUACUGUAUGUUUCCAUGACUGUCCCAUUGCUUCUAUAUGUAAUAUAUAUGAUAUUAUAUGUACAUUUAUCACUUUACAAAAUAUGCAAUGCCUACAUCUUUGCCUACUUGCUCUUAUGGUGCCAGUCAACACAUACUGUAUGUUUGUUUGUUCUGUUUAUUUGUCAAACAAACAAACACAUACUGACACGUGUCACUUACCUUGUUAUACCUACAGUUUAUAGAAGCUUUUCUAUUUAUUAACCAUCUGGUACAAAUUACAAUUACUUUCCUCUACAAGUUUCUUUCUCCAACUUUCAAAAUGAUGUAAGUUAUACAAUUUAAUAUCCUAGAACAAUUCAGUUUUUACGAAGUCUCUAUACAUCUACCAGUGACAAUAGCAUCAAAGGAUUCCAUAUACAGCUGUAUGUGUAUAUACAGUUAUUCACGUGUGUGUGGGUGUGUAUGUGGAUUUUUCUAUCACUAUCUCCGAUAGAAUACUACAUGUACCACAAGUACGCAGAAGUUUGCAGUAGAUUGCAGAUAUUGGUGCCAAUUUUGAGUUUCAGCAUUCUACGCAAUCCUAAAUAGGACAAAAACAAAACUGCACAAUUAAGAAAAGCACAUGUGCACAGACAAAGUUGACUGACCAAGUUAAAAUGUGUGCUUUUUUACAUACAUAAUCAAUACAUCUACAAUUGUACAUUCUAAACUAAUGGUAUUUGUACAAUACUAUAUAUUAGUUUAUUAGGUACUACUGGUACAAUCCCCCUUUCCACUAGUUAAGUGCUCUUUAUGACUAGUUGAUUGUAUUGAGAGUGAUUUUGUUAUUCAGAUUUGCAGUUUUUAGGUUUUUUGUGAUAUCAUACCUGUGUCUUUGGUGUCCGGAACAUCAUAGGUUUCAGUUUGGUAUUAGAUAUAAGUUACAUAUUAUGGUAAGAUCAUUUUUCUAUCCGUCUUUGGAGCAGGCUCUACUAAAUUAUAUAUCCUGGAGGCCAGCCCAAUAUAGUUACUUGGUUCAUGGGCUUCUUUGCCAGAAAAA